GCUGAGCGCGCGUCGACACGUUGGUGCACACGCGUCGCGGUCGCCUUUCCACGCGCCACGUCUCAGGCCAAAGCCCCCGCCCGUCGUCACUCACCAGCAGCCACCGUCAGGGCCACCUCACCGCCCAUCCAAACCCCGCCGCCUCCCACAGCACCACUCCGAGUCCGACACCGACUUCAGCGUCAUCCCAUGAGCAUGGUUACCGACGAGGUCGGAUCCGCCGGCACCCACGGCCAGGACUGCCUCCCCCGCUCUCGCAGCCCCCGUCCUGAAGCAGCUGACGGCGGCGGCGGCGGCGGCGCUAAGGACAGCUGGGCACGCGAGCUGCUGCGGCGCGGAUGGGGCCUGACCCGGACGGCCGCCAUGGCCGGCGCCGCGGCGACGGCGGCGCCGGUCGUGGCCCCGCCGCUGAUCGUCCUCUCCGCCGCCGGCGUCGCGCUCUCCGUCCCCUUCGCCGCCUACCUCGCCAGCCUCGCCGCCGCUAACCACCUCACCGGCGCGCUCCUCCAUUCCUGUCAACCGCCGCCGCAGCCGUGCCCCCAAGAAUACGACGACCUGGAGCAAGAAUUCCUCGACGCGUCGGAAGGGUACGGACAAGAGGCUCCGGCGUUCGGCCAUUUGGAUACCGAAACAGAGCAGGGCAUCGUCGAAGAGGAAGGCGGGAGCGACACUUCGCUGCCCCUGUCACGGGAUCCCGGUGCGCUUGCCGGCGACGAGGCAGAAGGUGAAUUUUAUGCCCAAGAAUUUUCUCCACCAUCAAAGCCACUGCUUCAAGGAGAGGAUCAUCUGGUUCAGAAAAGAGGAGAAGAUGAAUUUUCUGCACCAUCAAAGCCACUGCUUCAAGAAGAGGAUACUCUGGUUCAGAAAAGAGGAGAAGAUGAAUUUUCUGUACUGGAUUCAGACCAACAGUCAUUGCAAUCAAACAAUUGGAAGGGAAAAGAGGAUGUCGUGUAUUCUGAAAACAAUGAAGAGGAUGACAGAACUAUGGAGGAAAACAGGCCUGCAAAGGAGACGGUGUUGCAAGGCUUCUGUUUUCCUGAAUUGGGCGUGCCAGCCUCCGGUCACGACGACAAUGUGGUCCGGGAAAAGGGAGAAGAUGAGUUUUCUGUACAGAAUUCAGGCCAGCAAUCAGUUCAAUUUCAGUCAAAGAAUUUUGGUGAAAAAGAAGAACAUGAUGGGAAAACUAUGGAGGAAAAUAAGCCUACCAAGGAGACGGUGUCACAAGAGGCUCCGGCGUUCGGCUAUUUGGAUACUGAAACAGAGCAGGCCAUCAUCAAAGAAGAAAACGAGAGCGGCACUUCGCCGCUGCUGCCACGGGAUCCUGUUAUUUACGAAGCGUCUGCGCCUGCGUUUGCUGACAAGGAGGUGGAGGAGGAGGUGCAAGGUGAAUUUUCUGCCAAAGAAUCUGGCCAUGGUUCAUACAUAUCGAACCGCGACAACAAUACAGAGGAGCACACACCAUUGGAAGGAAGGGAGUCUACUCUAAUGGAAACACUACCGAGGGGCUUUGGUCUUUCUGCAUCUGCAAAGCCACUGUUUCCAGAAGAGGAUAAUGUGAUUCAGGAAAAGGGAAACGACAAAGAAGCUGAACAAGUAACAGGCAAGCAAUCAAUUCAAUCAAAGAAUUGGAGUGAAACAGAUGAUGACGUGUAUUCUAAAGAAGAAAGUGAUGGUAAAUCCAUGGGGGAAAAUAAGUCUAUGGAGGAGAUGGUGUCGCGAGGCCUCUGUUUUCCAGAAUCGCAUGUGCCAGUAUCAGGCGAAGACGAUGACAAUGUGGUCCAGGAAAAGGGAGAAGUUAAAUUUGAUGCACAGAAUUCAGGCCAACAAUCAUUUCAGUCAAUGAAUUUGAGUGAAAAAGUAGAAGAGGAUGGCAAAACUACAGAGGAAAACAAGUCUACCAAGGAGACACUGUUCUAUGGAUCAUCUGUGCCGGCGUCAGGUGAUGAAGACAAUGUGGUUCAGGAAAAGAGAGAAGGUGAAUUUUCUGCAAGGAAUUCAGGCCAACUACCAUUUCAAUCAAAGAUUUGGAAUGAAAAAGAAGAGGAUGGCAAAACUACAGAGGAAAACAAGUCUACUGAGGUGACGUAUUCGCAAGGUUCCUAUUUUCCCGAAUCAAGUGUGCCAACAUCAGGUGAUGAAAACAAGAAGGGAGAGGAUGAAUUCUCUGUACACAAUUUAGGCCAGUAUUCACUUUCAUCAGACAUCGGAGAUAAAAAAGAGCAUGGCAUAACAAUGGAGAAAAAGAAGUCUACCGAGGACAUGCCACCACGAGACUCUGUUGGCUCUGAGUCACCAGCUCCAGUGUUCCAUGGUGAAGACAACGUGGUUCAGAGCAAGGAAGGAUUUGAAGUUGCAGUGGAGGGAGUGUUCGAAGAAGCUAAUACUAAUACCGAUCUUGUUACGGCCGAAGUGGUUGAUUCUCAAGUGGAAAUUAUUGUAAUUGCCGCACCUGAGAGCGAGGUGCUGCCACCGAGUACUGAUCUUGUAAUGGCCGAAGUGGUUGAUGUGCAAGUGGAGAUUAGUGCAACUGCAGCACCAGAUAGUGAGGUCCUUUCACCGAGUAACCUUGUGGCUCCUGAGUUGCAUCCGGAUAUUGUUACAGGGGAAGUUAAUGAUGUGUAUGUUGGCAUUGGUGCUGCUCUGGAACCUGAGAGUGAGGUGCUGCAUGAGAGUAACCUUGCGGUUGGUGCUUCAACGGCAGAUCCUGGUACUGGGGAAAUUUCUGAUGUGCAAGUCAACGUUGUUGCUGCUGCGAAGCCUGAAGAUGAGGUGCUGCAUGAGAGUGACCUUGCAGCUUGUGCUUCAACGGCAGAUCUUGGUAUUGGGGAAAUUUCUGAUGUACAAGUCAACAUUGUUGCUGCUGCUGUGAAGCCUGAAGAUGAGUUGCUGCCACUGAGUAACCUCACAGAAUGUGAGUCACAGGUGGUUAUUGAAACUGCACAUGUUGGUGACAUUGUAGGAAUUUCUGCAAUAGGACGCAAUGUAAAGGAUUCUAGUGAUGUAGACAAACAAGGCAUGGAAUGCUGUUUUGUCCCAGUGGCGUCUAUGCAUGAUACUGAAGAUGUAAUGUCCAGUGGGAGCACGCCGUAUUUCUCCACCAUGGGCGAAGAAAUCGUUGACCUGUCCGAUCAGUCAAGUGAUGUGGGUUACACAGUGAGGAAUGAAGCAUUUAGGAGCAGAGUUGUCGCUGAGAGCGAGGCUCGCUACACGGAAGAACAGUUGAGGGAACAGCUCGACACGAUAAGAACAAUAACCGGGUACAGUGCUGUGCCUUCUUCGACACUGGAAGGCGAGCUGGCAGGGCUGUACAUAUUCGUGGGCGUGGAGCCCCCCGUCGGCUCAAGCAAUAUCUCUGACCGCCUGAUGGCGCUCAGUGCAGAAGUCCUGUUCUUGAAAUCGAUCAUCGGAGUGGACUGAAUAUCUUAGAUCUUCGAACUGAACUCUAUCUUCCUGUAUCUGUAUAUGCAUAGUUGCAGCCGGUUCCUGUCCUCCUGUGGGAUUUUAGAUACUCCCUCCUUCCAUCUAUAUAGGGCCUAAUGCGUUUUUCGAGGCUAACUUUGACUAAGUGUUGGAGUAAUAAUAUAUGACAUGCAACUUACACAAAGCAUAUCGUUAAAUUCGUAUGUGAAAGAAGCUUCCAAUGAUAUAAUUUUUAUGUUAUACAUCUCAUGUAUUAUUAAUCUUGUCAAUAGUCAAUUGUCGUCUUAAAAAACACAUUAGGCCCUAUAUAGAUGAAAGGAGGGAGUACAUUCCUGUGUACUACCCUGAUAUUAGGGCAUGAUACCAUUUGUCAUAUGAGAAUAAGCAUCUGGUGUGUGGAGAGAAAUCGAUGCUGCUGUAACGUGUGCUGUGAGCCUGUGAUUACUUCUCUAUUUGAUUCGUUGUGCAGCAACUUGUCGA